CAACAGAAAAUGUUCCAUUCAAACAUACAUUAUGUUCUGACGAACCAUCGGCACAAAGCCUUGUCGUUCCAGACGACUUCAAUGUCACGAGAAUGACAUAUUUUGGUAAAGAAUUGUUGAGCUUCCCAGACCAUGGAGGAAACCCUCAAUAAAAAUGGUACCAUGACUACUUUUCCUUCCCAAGCGCCUUUGAUGCCAGUCCUCGAUGAAAUGAGGAUCAAUCGAGACGGAGUCGUGGUUUUCCACUUAAGUUCGCGCAACCUCAAUUCCAAUGAAUGUUCCGAAUUGGCCAAGCGAAUUGGAACCGAUUCUGAUCUUUUCGAGUUCGACUUAACCGAUUCGUAUUUGGAUCAAAAGAAUCUAUCGAUCCUUUUGAAAGGACUGGCAUGCAAUCAAUCCAUUCAAGUCGUAAAUCUUAAGGGCAAUAAUCUGAGCGGGGACAAUAUCGCGUUACUUGGACUCGUUCUGAAGCAAACCACCGUUAUCCAAAGACUCUGCUUGUCUUGGAACGACCUCGGAUUAGAAGCCGAUUACUUUGGAGCCUUUUGUUCAGGGCUUCGCGAAAAUGACUCCUUAGUCGCAUUGAACUUGAGUAAUAAUUGUCUGACUCAUAAACAUGCUCAACAACUGGCCAACUCUCUCCAGAUGGGCGUUUCAACUCUAAAGAACUUGGAUCUACGAUGGAACAACAUUGGAUCGCUUGGAGGUCAAGCUUUUCUUGAUGCUUUGAAGACGAAUCGGAAGCUUUUGUCUAUUCAAUUGGAAGGAAAUCAAAUCCCCAGCGAAAUACUUUCGGCCAUAUGUCACAUGUUACACCAAAACUCAGAGACGGAAAUCAUUUUGCAAGCACAAAAACACCAGACCCUAACUCUGGAAGAGAAAUUAUCCAAUUUUCAAUCUCAAUUGAAGCACCACGAAGAAGUCAAAACACACGAAUUGCGUGACAUGGAACACGAUUUUAAGGAUAGAAACGAUUCGCUCCAUUUUGAGAUUGGAAAAUUGAAGUCUGCUCUCGACCAAAAGAUUUUGAAUGAAGGCACCUUGCAAGAAAAGCUCAAGUUCACUCAACAAGCACUCAACUUGGCCGAAGAUCAGGUGAAGGAUCUUCUUCGGAGGGAUCAGAGUCGAGAAAAUCACCUGAGAAAGAUCCAUGACAAUUGUAACUCGUUUGAGAAAGAUAUACGCCAGGAAUGGAUCGCGAAAGAGGAAUCAUACAUGCGACAGAUUGAAGAUUUGGACGCCAAAGUGGCAUCCAUGAGAUCUCGUGAGGCAGAACUGAAGAAUGAAUGUGUAGCAUUGCAAGGGGCGAAAGAUCAAGCCCUAAGGGAGCUGGAACAUGAGUUGCAAGCCAAGAGCCGGGAUAAAGACCAUUGGGAACUUCAAAUGGACAGCCUCAAAAAUGCUCACCAGGACAAUAUUGGAAAACUGAAUGAUGUCUAUGAGCGAGACAAGAUCCGAUUGAUCGAGGCGAAUGCUCAAGAACGAGAAAGGUGGGAACAACUCAAAGCUCGGCAAGAAAACGCUAUCCAAAAAAUGAAAACCCAAAUUGAAGAUCUGAAAGUUCAAAUCGCAGCGGGAAUGAGCCAACACAAAAGUCAAAUCGAAGCCAUGGAGCGAGAAUAUCAGGACAGAAAAGGUGACUACAUUCUCCAUAGCGAAUCCAAAACAGCCUUGAUGAGAAAGGAAAUCUCCGAAGUCCAAUUGGAGCUGAAAGUGCUGCAUCAAAAAUUGGAAUCUAAGCAAGAGCAAGUUUCAAAUCUUGAGGGACAAAUCCUAGACAAGACUGCGGAAAUAGCUCAAUUGGAAAAGGUUAUCGGAGGGUUUCAAAAAUCCAAGGAAGCCUUGAGAGACACCAUUAGCAAGGAGUUUCAGGCCAGACUGGAAGACGCGGAAGAAAAAUCGAAACAAAUCCCGGUAUUGCUAACAAAGAUGGAAGCUGCAGAAAAGGAAAUCGCGAUAGUUGUUGCCAAGAGGGGCCAAGAAGUUCAAAAGAGAGAUGAUGAGAUUUUGGAUCUUAAAGGAGAGCUGAAAAAGCAACAUGACGUCAUCACCCACCUACGGAACAAUGAGGAAAAACGAAAAGCCCAAUUGUCCUCUGCCUUACAAGGUUUGAUGAAAGCCGAGAUGUAAGCUCUUCUCUUUGGGAGAAGAUAGUUAUUCAAGGUGACUAAAGUUGGAGAGGAGUCUUCGCCGUAGGAGACAUUUAAAGGAACAAUGACGACAGAACAAAUUGAAUUUGAAAGGUUUUUGUCUUCGUGACAAGCAAGUGACUCAAAUGACUAUCCAAGGCUUUCAAAGACCUUGUCAUCCCUGGAAGGGGGCCUUUCCGGUUUCUCCUCCAGGAAAUCGGACUUAAUUACCCAGGAGACAUCGUGUGGGAACUUAAGCAGCUGGAACUUCGCUAUUGGACAUAUUGCUUUCCAACCCUUGAAGUGGGGGGUCUUUAUAUUCGUGACAUGACAUGAGAGAGAAAACAAGAUCCCUCCCAGACUUGCAAAAUUGAUAUUUCUUAACCAUCAAUCUUGAAGCGAUGAAGCAGAUGUGAUUCAACUAAUAAUAAACUACCCUGCCAACCAUACGGGACUACGAGGUAACAAACAAGCCGGUUAACCAGUCAAAGUUCCCAACAUGAACUGUUGUUGUACGAGGCGUUUAUUCAAGCAUGAAAUUUGGAACAAACAUCGUUCGUUGAUCGUUUAUCAAACAUCGGAUAAAUUGAAGGCCGCCGCUACUUCCAAUCUCCCCCUCAAGACCAAAAGUUAUCUG